GUUUCCGGGUUGUCCACCGGUGGGGGGGGGCUUUUCUUACGAGACGAGCAAGACGGUGGCAAGAAGAAGCGCUUUCGCCUUCUAGUGGGAGCGCCAUGUCGGGACGCGAGGGUGGGAAGAAGAAGCCCUUGAAGCAACCCAAGAAACAGUCGAAGGAAUUAGAUGAGGAAGAUAAAGCUUUCAUGCAGAAGAAGAAGGAGGAGCAAAAGAAAUUGGAUGAGAUGAAGACAAAAGCUGCUGGCAAGGGCCCUCUUGGUAAGUUGCUUUCUUUUAAAUUCCCUGCAAAUGAGGGAUCCUCCCUAGCAGUGCAGCUACAGAAAGAGUUCAGGAUAAAGAAAUACCAGGAGGACUUGUAAUGAAAUUAGUGGUGAAUCACAAGAUUCAGACACACAACAUUUUAGUCUCUGCUU